AUAUUCUUAAAAAAAGCAAAUAUUUUUUGAAUUUUAACACUUCUAGUGAAUUAGAACCUCAAGGACUCUUCAUUUUUAUAUAUAUAAGAUACAUGUAAUAGUCUUAAUUUAUUUUGACAGAUUCCCCAGGGUGUAAUAUCCAACCAUUGUCAGGGAAAGGGAGGCAUCAUCUCCUUACAGAACACAGAAACAAGAUGAAUGAAGGCUAUACAGUUGUUACCAGAUACAAGAAAUUUGUGUGAUCAGACGUAUGGUGAACAGUUGGACCCUGCUAGAGAGAUCCUGAUUAAAAAUAAAGUACUCAGUGUAAAGAGAGAUCUCCCUGACUGAAGAAAUCCACACAUGAUCCUGUUAUAAAACACCAGCCGGAGGAUAAAGAAAUAGAUGUCUGCUGUCAAUAAUGUAUAGAUUAGUGUACCUGAAAUCUGUCACCGUGUCUGGUGUUAGAGGGUGUUGUCACAUUUCACGUGUUACAUCAGACCGGGUCUGGAUCAGUGAUAAUGAAGGCAAUCUUAUACUGACAAACACCAGAGGAGAAGAACUAGAUCGUGUGACAGAUAUAGGUGGUGGUUAUGGAGGACACACUGUGGACACUAAUGGUGAUCUAAUUUAUAUAGACAGUAGUGAUAACAUCAUUAAACGGUCUACAGAGAACAAAGAAAAGACUACGAUAAUACAGUACAACACGUCACCAUGGAGACCACGGAGUGUCUACAGCUCCCCCUCCACUGGUGACCUGCUGGUCGGGAUGUUUAGACGUGAUACAUAUACAGGCAAGGUAGUGCGGUAUAACUCCACAGGAGAAAACAUCCAGACCAUACCGAACAACAACAUCACAGGUCAGGGACUGUAUAGUAUACCUGAAUACAUCACAGAGAACCGCAAUGGAGAUGUUAUUGUGUCUGACGCGGGCCGUCUUGCUGUAGUGGUGACAGAUCGUGACGGUAAUUACCGGUUCUCCUACAGAGGUCCUCCAUCAGGAUCAUGGCUAUCACCACGUGGAAUCUGUACUGACGCGCUGUCACACAUCCUGCUGUGUGAUUACCGGUCAGUACAGAUGUCAGAUAGUGAGGGUUGCUAUCUGACAGAAAUAAAGACACAACAACACGGGAUAUACUCACCACACGGCCUGAGUUAUGAUGAGGACACACAACUACUGUGGGUAGGGGAAUACAACAACAACACAGUCAACCUAUACAGAGUGGUAGAUACAGACUCUCUGACUGGUCUCCCUCUGGAGGAUUUCAAAUGCAGGAAACAUCCAAGCCGUCCUUUAUCCCAGUUCUGUAUCCCGUGUGACGUCACCUUGUGUCAGGAGUGCAUCAGGACCUCUAGUGAUCAUAAAAAACAUGACGUUAGAGAUGUUGAGAAAUUAUUCAGAGAAAUUCACAAGAGAAAAGAUGGAGAUGCAGUUUUGAUGUGCCUACUGCUUUGCCCUUCAUACAAAUUAAAUCUAGAGGAAGAACGCUGGAUAAAGAAUUAUAAUGCUGUUGCUGAAAUUUUCAAACUAAAGAAGAUUAAAAAGCUUUCUAAUCUUAGCAGCUUAAAGAAAUUCAAACCAAUUCUGAGACAUGAUAGUGUGAAUGUAGAGUUUUCUUGUGAAUUCUUUAAGCACACCAGUUUUCUUAGAUUCGCUAAACAUCCAGAUUUUGUGGAUAUUUUUCUGACUUCGGCAGAAAAAGACAACAUCGCUGAGUACUGCAGGUCAUGGGUUUACCCAAAGAAAGAGGGUGAAGUCUUUUGCUGGUUAUCACCACAACAAACAAAUCAAUUGAUAGAAAAACUUGGAGAGGAUAUCUUCAAACACCCAACAUGGCAGGAUACAUCAAUACAUGAGGAUGUAUUUAGAAAUUUUGGUGUACCAAUGCAGAUUCUAAUAAGAGGAGAAGAGUCAGUGAAGAAUUUCAUUGAAAAUCUUAAGAAAGGGGAGACGACCAUGUACCACGCCUCUGGGAUGAUCAUUGGGUGUGCAGGUAGUGGGAAGUCAACCUUACUAGAAAGACUGAAAGGCAUCGACCUGAGAGAAAUUCUGGAAAGUUCAAAGUCAACCAGAGGAAUUGAUGUCCAGGCUGACAUAUUUGAUGUAACUGGAAAAACAAUCAAGGUAAACACAUCAAGCCAAAAACAACGCUUUAAAGUUAAAAUUGAUGAAUCAAGCGAACAAAAGAGUAUUUCAGAACAGCCUGCAGUUUUAUUAGGUGACAUGAAAAGGUUGAACGUUAAAGAGAAAGGAUAUCAAAAGGAGACAGGUAGUAGAACAAGUGAUAAAGAAUCGUCCAGUGAUGAAGAAAUGGCACAUGAGAGCUUGAAUUUGGCUGAAUCACGUAAAGGAAAUGAAGCUGCUGCCUUCCUGGAAAAGGAAAAGGAAAUAGUUGAAGACGGCAGACAAAAUGUUCCUGAGAAGUCAGAAAUAUCAGGAAUUUUACAUGUUUCCAAAGAUGUAUCGGGUGAUCCAGAGAAAAAAAUUACUAUGGUGGACUUUGCAGGGCAGUGUUCAUAUUAUGCCUCACACCAGAUAUUUCUUAGUCCUCGUGCUUUCUUCAUUCUGGUGCUGAAUAUGGAGAAGAAGUUUGAUGAUAUGGUUGGAAAAGAAGUCUGUAGCCAGGAAGGUUCCAUUUACGAAGGAUGGACACAUAAAGAUUAUCUCACAUUCUGGACCAAGUCCAUUCAUCAAUACAGCAGUGAAAAGGCUCCUGUUUUACUGGUGGGCACUCAUGCUGAACAAAAGACAAAGGAGGAGAAAGAGAAGUUUUUCCGUGAGAUAUGGACGAGCUUGGAAACAAAGGAUGCGUCUCUGCAAAGGCAUUUUGACAGGAAAAGGAUGUUUGCCGUUGGAUUCCAUGAGAAUCAAUGUAUUGAAAAAAUCAAGCUGUCAGUUGUUGAUGUUGUCCAAAAACUUGAUCACUGGGGUGAAAAACUUCCGCACUCCUGGGCUAUGUUUGAAAACUUCUUCCAGGAAAAGAAGAACCUUAAAAUCAUCAAGAAAGAGACACUUUUGGCUUUCAAUGAAGCAUUGCCACAAGAAUUGAAGUUGGGAACACAAGAAGAUACUAACAUCAUGCUGCAGUUUUUCCAUGACAUCAGAGAAAUUUUACACUUUGACCAAGAAUACCUCGGAGGAAUCAUAAUUCUUGAUGUUCAAUGGUUUGCAGAUGCGUUCAAAAAUGUCAUUACAGAUAAAAAUCAUGCAGCAGAGGAUUUAUUUAAGCUUGCAUCACAAUGGAACAAAUUUAAUGAAACAGGAGAACUGAGUGACACACUGCUGUCUGCGAUAUGGGAAAUGAACAACAAUGGGUACCUUGAACACAAAGAUGAUAUCAUGCGCUACAUGGAGAAGCUCGGACUCCUGGCUAAAAUGGAUGACAAAAAAUGGUAUGUCCCCUGUAUGAACAAGAAACCAUUUCCAGUGGAAUGCUUUACAUCCUACCCUGCAUCAUCUAUACUCUGCUACGUGUUUGAUGCUCUUCCUGCUGGAAUUUUCCAGCGCCUGGUAGCUAUUUGCAUGCAAAUACCUUGGAAACUUAAUUCAAGUCGUGAUGAAGUAUGCAUUUACCAGACAGUAGCUGUGUUUCAUUUUGAGGGCCAUAACAUUCUAAUUGGUAUGACACAAACAGACAUUCAUUUACAAGUGUUUGUAAUUGAAGGAGAAGUCGAUAAAUCUAUAUGUCAACAAAUAAAGCACAAAAUUGACAAUAUACUGAACAUUCUUUCCGAAACAUUUCAUGCAGACUCUAAAUUUGUUGUUGCUUUCAAAUGCAAAGCUACGGGAUUCUGUGAUAACAAAAAAAGUUCUGUGAUCAAUGAAUCAGAAUUUAUAAAACCUACUUUUCAGUGUCCUUCCUGUCCAAUUGGGAGAAAGCAUACCAUCAACUCAAAGGAUAUCAAGAAAUAUUGGAUACAGGUACACGAUGAUGAAGCUGAGCCCACUGAAGAUAAAGGUAUAAAUAAAGGUUCACUGUCGGGGAGUUCUGGAUCAAGUGAGUCACAUCAUAAAGAUAAUUUUGCCAAGAUAUUAAAGUUGUUACAAGUUGGAACUGAUGCAGUAAGAAUCUGCUUUGAUAAAUUCUUCCCUAAAGAGAAUUUAGAGAAGACUCUGAAAGAAAAUGAAACAGACAUGAGAAGAGGACAGUUUCGAUUCCAACCACCUCAACUGGAGAUCCUUUUUCCUCAACAAGGUGGAUCCAACACAGGUGUAUCAUCUUUAUCGAUGGACGUCACCAUCAUGUAUAAAUUGUUGAGGAAUAUCUCUGGCAUUGCUCCUCCUGGGAAUGGAUGGGGAAAAGAACCUAAAAUACUGGACAUCACAGAGAGUGACGACAUUGAAAGAAUCCGUUUGUAUAGAAAUAAAUACAGCCAUGAUCCAGGGAGUAGCCCCGUAAUGAGCGAUGAUGUUUUUAGCAUAAUCUGGGCUGAUCUUUCUAAGGCCAUUCUAAGACUAGGUGGUGAUGUUUUGAAGAGAAGGAUCAGUGAAAUAUAAUUGAGUGGAUAAUAAAAUUCACAAUAUUUACGAGACAACAACAAACAUUUUUAUGAGAAAAAAAUAAUGUUGUUCUCAUGGUGAUAUUCAGUCACAUUUAUUGUAAACAUUGUGCAAUAAUUUUUGGUGCUGAUUUUUUUUUUUUUUUUUUUUUGACAAACAAGAUAUUCAUUUUCCAAUGACAACACAAUGUUAAAUACCCGUAAUCAUGGAUAUCAGUUCAAUAUUGAAUUCAAAUUUUUUACUAAAAAGCGGUAUUUUAUAUUUUACUUAUCCCUGGAUUCUAUUAUAUAUAUCUUUACAUAUUGCAAUAAAUUGUGCUU